CUAAGAGAUCAGUGAGGGAUCAAAAAAAGGUUACUAUUAUAACUGAUUAUAACAUCUAAAAAAUUUUGUGAUUAUAAUGGCUGCAGAGAAAGAACAGGAAGACACAGACAUACUUUGGGAAGAUAUGACGACUUUUGCUAUACAACAACAACAAUGCUUAUUUGAACUACUUCCCGACUGCAUAAUAUAUAAAGAGAACGAACAUGAAUAUCUAAAACAAAAUAUUGGAUAUGCAAUUUAUGGUCCACCACAGAAUACCGAAAGUACAAGUACAAAAGAAGAUCACGUUUAUUGUAAAACAGAAAAUCUAAAUGAUACAGAUGUAGUUGGGACAGUAGGUUACACAGAAGAUGCACAAAAAGUCAUAAAUAAGAUAUAUGAUAAAAUACGAACAUCUUCAGUAAAAACUGAUGACUCUGGGUCGAUUUAUUGUGGUGUAAUUUAUAAUAUGGUAUUCCGUCCUAAAACAAAAAAUGUGAAGUCCAAAAAAAAAGCAAAAGAAGAAACAAACAAAGAUAAAAAAGAUCUGCUUAUCGUAAUGCCUGUCCCUAUUUUUACAAUCAGGAAUAAGAAAAAAUAUGAAACUGCAAAAAAGGCAAAACAAGAAAGUACAUUAACUGUUGCUGAAGUACAGUAUGAAACAUUGUACAUUGAUGUCACUGGCAGAGUAUAUAAAAAUUGGACAGACUAUAAAGAAAAUAAUAAUUUACCAGAGAGUACUAUGGUUCUUCCAAAACAUGGUUUUUAUGAAUCAGAUCCACAUUAUCUUCCUACAGAAGAUUAUUCGACAGUUUGGUUAGAAAUCCUGGAGUCUCCUUCAUGUAAAUGGAAGACAAAACUCUGCAAGGGAAUAGAUUUUGCUUCUACUGUCGUCGGAUGUGGCACAAUUGGUUUGAGUAUUGCAGCGCUGUUUACACCUCUUGCACCAGUUGUUGCUAUAUCAGGUGUUGCUGCUGCUGGUGUGACUGGUGUUUGGUCAUUGAGUCGGAAUACCCAUCAAUUAGUAGACCGCAGUAGCCAUGAAGAAUCUAUUCAUGUCUUAGACAGAGAAGCAUUUGGACAUUACCUCAGCAUGGCCAGUACUGCAUUUGGUUUAGGAGCAAUUGGAGGGACAGCUAUUAUUUCCAAUGUUGCUGCACGUGGUAUGUCAGUAAAUACCUUAGCAAGAGUAGCAUUUAAUACCGUACAAGGUGGCAGUCUGAUCUUGAGUGGUAUUGGUAUCAUAUAUCAAGGUCACUUUAUGUAUGAUAAGUAUAAAAAGGAUAAAACUGUCAGUGUCAUAGAUGCAUUAAAUUUGGCGACGCAUCUUAUGUUCUUUUACGGGUCAGUAGUUAAGGUUAAAUUCGCCAGCGACAUAAUCGAGAGUACUCAGGGUAAAGUUAUCAAUGACUAUAAGGAAACAUUAAACACCAAACGUCUUCGUAAAAAAUUCAAUAAAAUUGCAAGGCAAGCUGCCGAGAAUAAUACAUGUAAAAUAUCCGAAAAUGCCGAAGUGAUACUUUAUAUAAAGCAACGUCAAGAGCUUUUGUCAAAUAAGUUUGUAAGUACUACCGGCAGUGAACGGGUAGACAGUACUUCACCUAAAAUUGUAUGGUCUGUUGACCGUGGUAAAUUAACAGUCAAUGGUAUGGUAUUGUUAGAUCCUAUCGAAUUUGUUACUCAUCUUAUAAAACUGGGCAUAUUUGUGGGAAUCGACCAAAACGAUUCAUCUGGUCCACUAAAUAAUGCUAAUGAAUCUGUCGUUGAACAAUUAAUGAAAGUAUUCUGUGAUUUAUUAUCGAACUUCUAUUUGAGCGAUAACUGUCCUAAAAGUGAAAAACUACCGAUAGUGCCUGACUUUGAACCUUUAAUAAGGGAGAUUAGCUCCAUGCAGAUUAAUGAAGAUUACUUGAAGAUGCUGUUUAAAAUCACUGAAAAAUUAAUGAAACGUUCCAAAGAUAUGGCCGAUUUUUUACUCCUGACUUUUGCUUUUGUUUGGCAGUAUUGUAAAGCAAACGUAAAACAGUGGGGUAUGACUUUAUGCCCGGAAAGCGCUUCCAGCAACAAGAUUUUGCAAAGAAUUAUUAUUGCUGUUUUUGAAGCCAUUGAUAUGGUGUCUAAUUUCGGAGUGCAGCCUAUUCGUCAAGCAAAUGAUUCUUACUCAUGA